ACCGCAGGCCUGGGGCCCGCCCAUGAGCUCCUCCAGGAGUAGAGAAGACUUGGCCCCCAGAGCAGCUCUCUGCCCAUCGGGGCACCCUCCCUCAGCCCACCCUCCCUCAGAGACAUCUGGCAGCGGCAGCGCCAAGAGAUGGCUUCAAAUACCCUGAGCAGAACUGAAACCAGUUUGUGACUCCAGGAGCUCCCCUCCCCAGUCCCACACGAACGCAGGAGCUGAGGAAGCCACCGGGCCCCAUGGACCUACCCCCGCAGCUCUCCUUUGCCCUCUACGUGUCCGCCUUUGCGCUGGGCUUCCCGCUCAACGCCCUGGCCAUCGGGGGUGCCGUGGCCCACGCCCGGCUCCGCCUCACCCCCAGCCUUGUCUAUGCUCUGCACCUGGGCUGCUCUGACCUCCUGCUGGCAGCCUCCCUGCCCCUGAAGGCGGUGGAGGCCCUGGCCACAGGAGCCUGGACCCUGCCGGCCCCGCUCUGUCCUGCCUUUGCCUUGGUCCACUUUGCUCCGCUCUAUGCAGGCGGUGGCUUCCUGGCCGCCCUGAGUGCUGGCCGCUACUUAGGAGCUGCCUUCCCCUUGGGCUACCAAGCCGCCCGGAGGCCCUGCUAUUCCUGGGGGGUGUGUGUGGCCAUAUGGGCCCUUGUCCUCUGUCACCUGGGGCUGGUCUUUGGGCUGGAGGCUCCGGGAGGCUGGAUGGACAAUACCACCAGCUCCCUGGGCAUCAACACUCCAGUCAACGGCUCUCCCGUCUGCCUGGAGGCCUGGGACCCAGACUCCGCUGGCCCUGCUCGCCUCAGUCUCUCUCUCCUGCUCUUCUUUCUGCCCCUGAUCAUCACAGCCUUCUGCUAUGUAGGCUGCCUCCGGGCAUUGGCAGGUUCAGGCCUGAGCCACAGACGAAAGCUAAGAGCGGCCUGGGUGGCUGGCGGGGCUCUGCUCACGCUGCUGCUCUGCUUGGGACCCUACAAUGCUUCCAAUGUGGCUGGCUUCCUGCACCCCAACAUGGGAGGCAGCUGGCGGAAGCUGGGGCUCCUCACAGGUGCUUGGAGCGUGGUGCUCAACCCUUUGGUGACUGGCUACUUGGGAGUGGGGGCUGGCCGAGGGACAUCACGUGUGGCAAGAACGAAAGGGGGUACAUCCCAAAAGUAGUCUCCACUGCCGGGGGGAAGGGACAUGUAGCAGGAGAGGCCAGCUGCUUCACCAGGCCCCUGGGGGCUGCUCCAAAUAAGCUGCUGAGUAGCCUUGCCCGGGGAACACCCCUG